AUGGAUGACAACUACGAUAUCAUUGUUCUUGGCACUGGUUUAACUGAAUGUAUUCUCAGUGGUAUCUUUUCUGUUGAAGGUAAGAAGGUACUUCAUAUGGACAGAAAUGAUUACUAUGGUGGUGAAUCUGCUUCAUUGAACUUGAGUCAGCUCUAUCGCAAGUACAGACCUGAUACUGCAGUCCCUUCCGAGUUGGGCCGUGAUCGUGACUACAACAUUGACUUGAUUCCCAAGUUUAUGAUGGCUAAUGGCGAGAUUGUUCGUUUCUUGACUCAUACUGAUGUCACUCGUUACUUGGAAUUCAAGCAAAUCUCGGGUUCAUUUGUCUACAGAGACGGAAAGAUUUCCAAGGUCCCUUCUAGUGAAACCGAAGCUGUAUCAUCUCCUUUAUUGGGUCUUGUCGAGAAGCGUAGAUUACAAAAGUUCUUUGAGUUCAUUCAAAAGUGGAAGGAUGAUGAUGAAUCGACCCACGAAGGCUUGGAUCUUGACACCAACACGAUGGUUGAUGUUUAUGCAAAGUUUAACCUUGAACCGGGAACUCAAGACUUUAUUGGUCAUGCCAUGGCCCUUCACCUUGAUGAUGAAUAUCUCAAGCGUCCUGCUCGCGAAACAAUUGAAAAGAUCAUCCUCUAUGUUGCCUCUGUCGCACGUUAUGGUAAGAGUCCUUACAUUUACCCUCUUCAUGGCUUAGGUGAACUUCCUCAAUCAUUUGCAAGAUUAAGUGCUAUUUAUGGUGGUACUUAUAUGCUUGACAGAGCUGCCGAUGAAAUCAUUUAUGAAAAUGGUGUUGCUGUGGGUGUUCGCUCUGGAAAUGAGGUUGCUAAGGCUAAGCAAAUUAUCUGUGAUCCUUCUUAUGCUAAGGAUAAGGUGAAGGUCACCGGAAAGGUUGUGCGCGCCAUCUGUUUCUUAAAGCACCCUAUUCCUGAUACAACUGACGCAGACUCUGUUCAGAUCAUCAUUCCUCAAAAUGAGCUUAACCGUCAGCACGAUGUUUAUGUUGCCAGUGUGUCCAGUAACCAUGCUGUCUGCCCCAAGGAUAUGUAUUUGGCCAUUGUUUCAACUAUUGUUGAAACUGAUGAUCCUGAAUCUGAAAUCAAGGCUGGUUUGGACAUCUUGGGUCCUAUUCACGAUAAGUUCAUCUCUGUAUCCAACAUUGAGGAGCCUAUUGCUGAUGGCACAGCAGACCAAGUAUUUGUUUCCAAGUCUUAUGAUGCUACAUCUCAUUUUGAAACUGUUUGUGAUGAUGUCAAGAGCAUCUAUCGUCGUAUGACUGGUAGUGAUCUCGUCCUCAAGAAGAGAUCAGAUGCUGAACAACCAGAAGAAGCUUAA